GCAUCAGAACAAUUUCUCAUUUUUCUCGUGCUUUCUCUUCUGCGAUCGGCUUCGAUUUUUUUUUUCUCCUCUCCGGUUACAGUAUUCUGUAUCAUUCCUCUAAUACUCGCGGCGCACUUUAACUGGCCGCACUCUAUCAUAUUCCUCCGGAGGUAAGGGGAGAACUUAAGUUUGGGUGUUUGAUUUGAUCUGUAAAAAGACGAGAAAUCAAUUUCUGGGGUUAUAUUUUGGUAUUUGUUCUAGUUAUUUGAUGUGUUGGCGGGAAUUGGAAUCCGCCAAACGGGAUACAUAUUUGGCUCAAAACGUGAGAUGGCCAAUCCCGGGGUCGGGACAAAGUUUUUGUCUGUGAAUCUGAACAAAUCUUACGGGCAAUCACACCAUCAGCAUCGGAAUCAUAAUCAAAACUUAUCUCAUUCAGGCUAUCAUGGGUCUAAUAGGUCCCGACCUGGUGGUGUUGCUGGUGGAGGAGGAGGAAUGGUGGUCCUGUCAAGGCCCCGAAGUUCUCAUAAAGCGGCUGGGCCUAAGCUUUCCAUUCCACCCCCCUUGAAUCUACCCUCCCUACGGAAAGAGCAUGAGAAAUUUGAUUCAUUAGGAUCCAGUGGUGGUUCUGCUGGGGGAGGGUUUUCAGGUGGUGGACAGAGACCUGGUUCCUCUGGUGUUGGUUGGACUAAGCCAGGUAGAGCAGUUGCUUUGCAAGAGAAGGGAGGUGUUGUUAGUUGUGAUCAUAUGACAGAUAAUGAUGUUGAUCAGGGUUUGCAUGGCAUUGGAGAUGGUAAGGGGAGUGGUGGUGCCUAUUUGCCACCUUCCGUGCGGUCUGGUCCUGUUGGACUUCCAUCUUCCACAUUUCCCCAUGUAGAGAAGAUGAAUGUAUUAAGGGGUGAAGAUUUCCCAUCUUUGCGGGCUGCAGUGCCAUCUCAAUCUGGUUUUGAAAGGAAGCAUAGAGAUGGAUUGAAUCAGAAACAAAAGCAUGCCAUGGGUGAAGGACAUUGUAAUAGUGACCAAAGUGAUGGUUCUAGAUUCAACUCCCUUGUAGAUGUGCAUCCUCGUUUGCAGUCAGGUAGUUUUGGUAAUGGAUUGAGUGAGAAUGGUGGUAGAAAUAGUGAUUUGGGCGGUUCUCAUGGAUCAGAGCAAGUAAGAAAACAGGAUGAAUACUUUGCAGGUCCAUUGCCAUUGGUUAGGUUGAACCCAAGAUUUGAUUGGGCUGAUGAUGAGCGUGAUACAGGUCAUGUUUUUGCGGUCCGGGACAGAGAUGAUGGGUUCUCAAAGAGUGAAGCCUACUGGGAUAGAGAUUUUGAUAUUCCAAGGCCUACUGUUUUACCACACAAACCAGCUCAUAAUGUUUUUGACAGGUGGGCACAGAAUGACAAUGAAACUGGAAAGAUUUCUACCAGUGAAGUCACUAAAGUGGACCCUUUUGGUAGAGAUGCAAGAACACCUAGCAGAGCAGGACAGGAAGGGCACUUGUGGAGAGCUUCUCCUCCACUUCAAAAAGAUGGAUUUGGUGUAAAAGAGAUUGGAAAUGACAAAAAUAGUUUUGGUGCAGGGCUGUAUGGUCAGAAAAGAGAAGCAAACAAGGAGAAUAAGUCAGUAUCUUCGUCAUUUCGAGACAUGCCACUUGAUGAUUUUGAAAAAAGGGAUUUGGGGUAUGGACAGGCUGGGAGGCAGCCAUGGACCAACACAGGGCACUCAUCUUACAGUCAGAGGGCUGAAAAGAAUCAAUGGGAGCGAUUUGGCAAUGAACAAUACAAUAGAUUCAGGGGGGAUGUUUUCCAGAAUAAUUCAGUGUCAAAAUCAUCAUUUUCCUCAGGUGGCAAAGGGCUUCCAGUUAAUGAUCCCAUUCUCAAUUUUGGUAGGGACAAACAUCAAGUAUUGACGAGUGAAAAACCUUACCUGGAGGACCCUUUCAUGAAGGACUUUGGAGCUACUGGUUUCGAUGUUCAGGAUCCAUUUUCUGGGGGUCUUGUUGGGGUUGUAAAAAAGAAGAAAGAUGUUAAGCAGACUGAUUUUCAUGAUCCUGUCCGAGAAUCUUUUGAGGCUGAGCUUGAGAGAGUCCAAAAGAUGCAGGAGCAGGAGCGGCAGCGGGCUAUUGAGGAACAAGAAAGAGCUUUGGAGCUAGCACGCAGAGAAGAAGAAGAGAGGCUACAAGUAGCUAGGGAACACGAAGAACAACGGAGAAGGUUAGAAGAAGAAGUGAGAGAAGCUGCAUGGAGAGCUGAACAAGAGCGACUGAAUGCCAUGUGCAAGGCUGAAGAACAGAGGAUAGCUAGAGAGGAGGAGAAACAGAGGACUAUUAUGGAGGAGGAGAGGAGGAAACAGGCUGCUAAGCAGAAACUCUUAGAAUUGGAAGAAAGAAUGGCCAAGAGGCAGGUUGAAGCAACUAAGGGUGGUAGUAAUUCUUCCAUUGUUGCGGAAGAUAAACUUUCAGGAAUGUCUAAAGAAAGGGUUAUUUCCAAAGUGGUAGAUUUGGCUGACGGGGAAGAUAGUGAAAGGAUGAUGGAGAGGAAUACAACUUCGGCAUCUUCUGAUUCCUCUGGUCUGAAUAGAGCCUUUGACAUGAGCUGUAGGCCUCACUUUGCUAGAGAUAAUUCUGCUGCCCUUAUGGAAAGAGGUAAGCCUAAUAACUCAUGGAGAAGGGAUGCAUUUGAGAAUGGAAACCGCCCAACCAUCUUUCCACAGGACUCAGAUAAUGGUCGUUAUAGCCCCAGGCGAGAUGCAACUGUUGGAGGGAAAACAUUUCCUCGGAAAGAGUUUUUUGGAGGACCUGGUUAUAUGUCUUCAAGGGCUUAUUAUAAAACAGGAAUUCAAGAGUCACAUAUAGAUGAAAUUAAUCAACCAAGAAGUCAGAGGUGGAGUAUAUCUGGGGAUGGUGAUCACUAUGUCAGAAAUGCUGAGGUUGAAUCUGACUUUCAGGAGAAUCACACUGAGAGAUACAGUGAUGUUGGUUGGGGCCAUAAUCGGUAUCGUGGAAAUCCUUAUCCUUCAUACCCUGAACGACUAUAUCAAAAUCCUGAUACAGAUGGGCUUUCUUCCUUUGGGAGGUCAAGGUAUUCCAUGAGGCACCCUCGUGUACUCCCCCCUCCAUCUCUGACUGUGGUGCAAAAAACUUUCCAUAGAUGUGAGAACGAGCGCCCUGGGCCUUCAACCUUUCAAGAAAAUGAGAUAGAGUACAAUCAUGCAGCGAGAAGUGAAACUACAAGGAAAUCAGGUUUUGACAGCUGCAAUCAACAUAAUCUUGUACAACCUGAAAUAAUUGAUGUCCAGCAGGGGAAUACUGCAAAUCUGGAGCAGAAUCUGGAUACGAACACCACACUUAGAUGUGAUUCACAAUCUUCACUCUCUGUCUCUAGCCCUCCUGAUUCUCCCGUUCAUCUAUCUCAUGAUGACUUGGAUGAAUCUGAAGAUUCUCCGGCAUUAUCUGCCGAUGAGGAUAAGGAUGUCUCAUUAGGACAAGACAGCAAUUCUGUUGUGUUGCCCAUCGAAUCCGGGAAAGAUAAUAUGAUGACUCACUCUGAUUCUGUCUUUUUUGGUGAUGAUGAUGAAUGGACAGUUGAGAAUGAUGAACGACUGCAGGAGCAAGAAGAAUAUGAUGAGGAUGAAGAUGGAUAUGUGGAAGAAGAUGAAAUUCAUGAAGGAGACGAUGGGAAUAUCAACCUGACUCGGGAGUUUGAAGAUAUGCAUCUGGUGGAAAAAAGCUCGCCCAACAUGGUGAACAACUUGGUCUUAGGCUUCAAUGAGGGAGUUGAGGUAGCAAUGCCCAAUGAUGAGUUUGUAACAAGUCCCCAAAAUGAAGAAUCUUCAUUUCCAGUACCACAGGUUUCUGUUGGUACUGUUAUUGAAGACCAGGGAUCUUUGGAUGGUGUGUGUGGAACACUUCAAUCUGGUGAUGGUCCUUCCCAAGCAAGUGCUGAUGGUUCAUCAAGAAUCUUCCUGGAGGCUGAGAAUGCAAUGCAGGAUUUGGUUAUUAAGCCCAGCAGUACCCAAUUAUCAGCAGCUUCUGAGUUAGUGGUGCAUGUUGAUGCUAACAGUGGUUCUGUUUUGUCUAAUCAGCAGCCAAUACCGUCAUCUGUUGAUAUGACCCCAAAUUCAUCAUCUGAUCAAACCGUGACAUCUGCUAUAUCUGCUGGUCCAAGUCAGGUGGAGGCACCUGUUAAGCUGCAGUUUGGGCUGUUUUCAGGGCCUUCUUUGAUACCUUCUCCUAUUCCAGCCAUACAGAUUGGUUCUAUACAGAUGCCUCUUCUGCAUGCCCAACUGGGUCCAUCCCUUGCCCAUAUGCACCCCUCACAAUCUCCUCUCUUCCAAUUUGGACAGUUGAGAUAUUCUUCACCUAUUUCCCAGGGAGUACCUCCUUUGGCACCUCGAUCUGUGCCUUUUGUUAAAUCUAAUAUGACAACCAACUUUUCAUUGAAUCAGAAUGCAGCAGUUGCGGAGCCUAUUCAAUCCAGUCCAGAAACUUCUUAUAAUUUGAUAAAAACUGAUGCAUUGUCUCUUUCGAUGGAUAACCGACUAGGCCUUGCUCAAAGGCAUUUGGAUCUCUCUGAAAGGAAUGCAUUAAAUGAAAAUUCCAUGUCAGCAAGUAAAAGUUCAGAAACUACUUUUACGGCACAGCAGGGUCAUGCUGAGGUUUCCCAUCUUGGUGAUAAGAAAACAAGUUCAGGUCUUCAAGUGGAGGACCAGGGUCGCCACAUGAAAAACUUCAAAUCCCUGUCUAAAGAAUCAAAAAACCUGCUUCAGAUUAGAGCAGGAUCUUCUGUGCCAGGUUCAAAAGAAAAAACAUUGACUGUGUCAAAAGCUCAAGGUCUAAUAUCUGGUGGCAGAAAUAAAAAAUAUGUUGUUUCAGUUAGAAAUAAUUCUGGCUCAAAGUCAUCUUUUGCGGCCCCUGAAACUUCUCGAUCAGAAUCUGGUGGAUUUCAAAGGAGGCCUCGGCGCCAGCGAACUGAGUUUCGAGUUCGGGAAAACACUGAUAAGCGGCUGUCUAGUGGUGUUGUUUCAGCUAACCAAGUAGUUCUGGAUGAUAAACCAAAUAUGAAUGGAAGGAGUACUGGAUUUUCUACCCGAAGUGGGUUUAGAAGAGACUUUGUGUCAAAAAAAUCAUUUAAACAGAUGACUGAAUUAGAAUCUUUUGAUUCAGGUGGAAUAUAUUCACAGGAAAUAGAUUCUGGAGGCAAGGCUGGAAAGGGAGUAGGAAGUGAAUCUUUGACUAAGAGUCAGAACAUUCCACAUCAUGAAGAGGGAAACCUUAAAAGGACUAUUCGCUCCGAAGAGGAUGUUGAUACUCCUUUACAAAGUGGUGUUGUGCGUGUUUUUGGGCAACCUGGCAUAGAAGCUCCUAGUGACGAAGAUGACUUUAUUGAGGUGAGGUCGAAGAGGCAAAUGCUGAAUGACCGGCGUGAACAGAGAGAAAAGGAGAUCAAGGCAAAGUCUCGGGUCACCAAGAUGCCAAGCAAAUCCCAUUCAACUUCAAAAACUUCUCUCGUCUCUGCAAGUUCAAAUAAAAUUUCUGCAUCUAUGAGUGAAGCAGCGAAUGAUGUUCACUCCAAUUUCGUUGCUACUGAUGGGCGGAAUUUGGCAAACACGGAGGUGUCUACAGGAUUUGGUGCCACCAAAGUGUCUCAACCCUUGGCCCCAAUUGGCACUCCAGCUCUGAAAACUGAUACCCAGGCUGAUAAAAGACCCCAGACAAUCAAGUCUGUCCAAGAGAGCCCUGUACCUGUCUUAUCUGGUGGUGAAAAGAAUCUCUCACCGGGCAUCAUAUUUGACAGCAAGAAUAAGGUUCUGGAUAAUCUUCAAACACCUAUGGGCUCGUGGGACAAUUCUCGGCUUAAUCAUCAGGUAAUGGCCCUCACCCGGAAGCAGCUUGAUGAGGCCAUGAAUCCUGGGCAAUUUGAUUCUUGUGUUUCCAGUAAGGAUCAUACUAGCUCAGUUGGUGAGCCCAGCAUGCCAUCAUCAACUAUCUUGACAAAAGACAAGGCAUUCUCUUCCACUGCAAGCCCAAUAAACUCUUUGCUUGCUGGGGAGAAAAUUCAAUUUGGUGCUGUGACAUCUCCUACAGUUCUCCGGCCAAGCACUCGCACCAUUUCUCAUGGAAUAGGCCCCCCUGGUCCAUGCCGCUCAGAAAUCCAAAUCUCCCACAAUAUUUCUGCAGCUAAUAAUGAUUGCUCUCUCUUUUUUGACAAAGAGAAAUGUUCUAAUGAAACUUGUGUCAAUCUAGAAGAUUCUGAAGCUGAAGCAGCUGCCUCGGCCAUUGCAGUUGCCGCUAUAAGUAGUGAUGAGAUUGUUGGGAAUGAACUGGGAACAUGCUCUGCCUCUGUAUCAAAGACUACAAAUUUUGGAGGUACAGAAAUUGAUGGUAUAAUAGCAGAAGGUGAUCAGCAAUCAGUGAGUCAAUCUAAGGCUGAAGAGUCUCUCUCUGUAGCUUUGCCAGCAGAUUUGUCUGUUGAGACCUCGCCAAUUUCCUUGUGGCCACCUUUACCAAGCCCACCAAAUUCUUCCAGCCAGAUGAUCUCACAUUUCCCUGGAGGUCCACCAUCUCAUUUUCCUUUCUAUGAGAUGAAUCCAAUGUUGGGGGGUCCAAUAUUCGCUUUGGGGCCUCAUGAUGAAUCUGCCACUGCUCACUCACAAACCCAGAAGAUUAGUACUCCAACUUCAACUCCCCUUGGGACUUGGCAACAAUGCCAUUCUGGCAUAGAUUCAUUCUAUGGUGCUCCCACAGGAUAUGCUGGUCCAUUCAUCAGCCCGACUGGGGGUAUUCCUGGGGUACAAGGCCCGCCACACAUGGUUGUCUACAACCAUUUUGCACCAGUGGGGCAGUUUGGACAGGUUGGUUUGAGUUUUAUGGGUGCCACCUAUAUUCCAUCGGCUAAGCAACCUGAUUGGAAGUGCCAUCCUGUUUCUUCUGCUAUGGGUGUUGGUGAAGGAGAGAUGAACAAUGUGAACAUGGUUGCUGGCCAACGCAAGCCUACCAAUUUAACUGCUCCGAUCCAGCAUCUUGCCCCUAGAUCACCUCUUAUGCCUGUGGCUUCUACUUUGGCCAUGUUUGAUGUUUCUCCAUUUCAGUCCUCUUCGGAUAUUUCAGUUCAAGCUCAUUGGUCGAAUGUUACUACAGCUUCUCAUCAGCCCAUUUCCAUAUCAAUGCCAUUGCAACAACCACCAGAUGGUGUACUUCCUCCACAAAAUAACCCUGGACCUCCUGUCGACCAGUCAUCUAAUGCCAAUAGGUUUUCUGCAUCCCGAACAUCAACACCCUCUAAUAGCAGUCGGAAUUUUCAUGCAGCUAGUGAUGCAACUGUCAACCAGUUACCUGAUGAGCUGGGGUUACUUGAUUCAUCAAGCUCUACCGGACCUGGGACUUCAACACAGAAUGUUGUGGCUAAGAGCUUGGCUCUAAUCACCAUUACAGAUGCUGGCAAGACUGAAUUAGUUCAGAAUAACAGCAGCAGUGAGAGUGUUGACCAAAACAAUGCUACUUUUAAGCCUCAGUCUUUGCAGCAAAAGAAUAUGUCUUCCCAGCAGUACAGUAGUUCUUCAGGGUACAGUUAUCAAAGAGGAGGUGGGAUUUCACAGAAGAAUUCUGGGAGUAAAUGGUCCCAUCGAAGAAUGGGGUUCCAUGGGCGAAACCAGUCUUUCAGUGCAGAAAAGGGUUUUGCCCCUUCAAAGAUGAAGCAGAUAUAUGUGGCUAAACAGACCACAAGUGGGACAUCAGCACGAUCAUGAGCAUGAUGGAGGAUGAAUUUCUUGGAUUGAGAAAAGAGUGCCCUUGAGAUGGGCGAUUUUUUGGGAUGAGUCUUUGCUUUAUAUUUGGCAUCAUUCAUUCAAUAACCAUGGAAUGUCAAGUGUGAGUUCCUGCGGCAAUAUAGUUAAGGCUAUACUGGUUUUUGUAAUGUAAGUUUGCUAAAGUUGUGGAUAAUAGCAGUUUUGAGUGUUUUGACGAAGCAUCAAGUGAGGUAGGAGUGGAUUCUAGCGUGGUAGCCAUACCGCCAAGUAUUUAAGCAAUGUUUAAUGGUCGGUUCUGGCGUUUCGGUUCCUUUAUUUGUCCUUUGUAAGCUGCAAACCUGAUUGUUUAUCUCAUUGUAUUGAUGUAUUAAAAUUAUUUAUGAUCCUACUUAAUUCAUUUCAGUGAUGGUAAAUGUAA